AUGCUUGUAGCAUUUGAGCGUAACGUCGUUGCCAGAAACGAGGGGUGUGAAAUUCCGUCAAGCUGCUCAUGUGGAAUUAGGAGAAGAGCGUGCUACUGGGAGGCAGUGGGAAGGAGUGGUAAGCGGACUACCAAGCAAGCAUUGACGUGUGAUGUGGCAAUUCGUGCACCUGCCUUCCCACUGAUUAAAUGCCAGCUGAGGCAUGAGGAAUGCAUCUCGUCCUACCUGCCAUUUUGCCUCCAAGCAAUGCAAUGUAGUGUAAUGCGGAAGCAAGCUAACUCUUUCAUCUCUGCAUGUUCUUACUUCUGCUACGCGACGUAG